UUGUGUGUAAAAAAAACUGACGUAAAAUUCGCCAGAUACCGGAGUAGGCUGUGUAUUUCGAAAACAUUUAAUCUCAUAAAAAUGGAGCAAACAGUGUUUGGUCUGUGGGACUAUAUUAUAAUGGCAGCAACAAUGAUUGCAUCGGUUGCCAUCGGCUUAUAUUUCCGAUUUAGUGGAGGCAAACAAAAAACCAAUGAGGAAUACUUGAUGGCUGAUCGGAAUAUGUCUAUAUUCCCCGUGGCGGUAUCACUAAUGGCUUCUUUUAUGUCAGCCAUAACGCUUUUAGGAGUCUCUUCAGAAAAUUAUUACUAUGGCAUGCAAUUUGUAGUUAUUAAUAUUUCAUAUGGCCUUGCGACACCGAUCGCUAGUCGUCUUUAUUUGCCAGUAUUUUUUGGGCUGCAGAAAACUAGCGCUUACGAGUAUUUGGAACUACGUUUCGGACCUCGGAUACGAAUGCUGGCGUCGCUCACGUAUACGUUACAGAUGAUUUUGUAUAAUGGGAUCGUAUUGUAUGCUCCAGCGAUAGUGUUAGAAGCAGUAACGGGUUUAGACAGGCUUAUAUCAAUAUUGGUCGUGGGCUUGGUCUGUACCUUUUACUCUACAUUAGGUGGGAUGAAAGCGGUGCUAUUUACUGAUCUGCUUCAAUCUUUUCUGAUGUUUGGGGCAGUUUUGAGUGUAGUAAUAUUUGCAUCAGUGCAAUUAGGUGGGUUUGAUCAAAUAUUUGUGAUUGCCCGGGAACGAGGACGACUUGAUUUUUCCCAUUUCAGUGCUGAUCCCACAGAGCGCCAUACAUGGUGGUCCUUAAUCAUAGGAGGUCUUGUAACAUAUUUAUCACUAUAUGCUGUUAAUCACACGCAGGUACAACGACUUUUAACAGUGAGGACCUUGGAACGGUCGCAGUUAUGCCUUUGGUGGAAUUGGCCCGUGUUAACUACGCUCAGCGUGGUCACAUGUAUAAGUGGAUUAGCAAUAUUCGCUGUUUAUAAGGACUGUGACCCUUUCGCCAGUCACAAAAUCACUGCGAUAGAUCAAUUGAUGCCAUACUACGUGGUAGAUGCCAUGCGCACGGUACCUGGUUUAGCGGGACUAUUCGUGGCGGGCAUAUUUAGUGCUUCCCUGUCCACGGUAUCGGCGGCGUGCAACGCGCUUGCUGCCGUCACUCUCACCGAUUAUGCUGGCAGAUGGUUCGUAUUGAAUCCAUCGUAUGUGCCAUGGCUGACUAAGUUGGCAGCGUGUGCCUUCGGAUUACUGUUUCUGGCGCUGGCAUUUCUUGCGCAGUUCCUCGGCGGGCUACUUCAGGCGUCUCUGACCAUUUUCGGUGCGGUUGGUGGGCCGUUGCUUGGAGUAUUCACUCUCGGAAUGUUCACUACAUUCGCUAACGAAGUAGGAACUUCUUUCGCAUUGCUUAGUGGAAUGGCAUUUACCUUGUGGAUGAGUUUUGGUGGACCUCGUCCUGCACCGAUAAAACUUCCAGUUGCAGUGGAGAAUUGCGCGAAAAACAUUACUCUUGCUACGCCACACCUGACUGAUCCUAGCAGCUACUUCUAUUUGUAUAGAAUAUCGUAUAUGUGGACCAGCCCAAUUGGAUUCGUGUGGGUGAUGCUAGUGGGCUCGUUAGUAUCUCUGGCAAUAAAAAGUCCCCAACCAUGGCAACGAGCGGGUAAGAGUCACCCUGACCCGGCAUUAUUCACACCGCCACUCGCCGCGAGAUUAAGAGCUUCCAACCAGGAAAAAACUGAUAUACAAUGUGAACUGCUGAAACAGAACGAGUUUCAAGAUUGA